UUCAAAAGUCACUUCUAAAAGCCGACGGUGCCCCUUUAUUUUCGAGUUUAUUGCGUGUAUUCUGUUGUCUAAUUUCUAUUUCACGUUCGCACCGAUUGCGUCGGAUUAAUCUGUUUGAUCGUACGAUUGUUGAUUUGCGGUUCGCCGUUCGAAGUCGACGUGUUUUGUGUUUUUCUUUUUCGUUUUUUUGCUGCCAUCGGUGGACUGUGCGAGGUGCUGCUCAUACAACUGCAGGGGACUGAAAUAUUGUAUGAUUAAUCACGCUCUACUUGCUUCGAAUAGAAGUGAGCAGAAGAUUCCAAAGCAGUGAACAAGUGACCGGAAGUGAAUUUCCGAUUUAACGGAGUGCGAUAACUGCAGUUAAGCCACCAGCGUUCAAUCAUGUCGGCAGAGAAGCCAGUAGUCGAUGCAGUGGAGGUGGAAGGCGAAGAACACGAUGCCAACUAUCAGCCACCCCCGCAAAAAACUAUUGAGGAAAUUUUGGCCGCCGAUGCAGAAGACGAAAGUCUGCGGAAGUACAAGGAAGCCCUGUUAGGCGAAGCUCAAGCGGAAAAGAUUAUCUACGAUGCUUCCGAUCCACGAAAAGUUAUCGUGAAAAAGCUAUCCCUUCUGGUUGCCGACCGAGAUCCGAUGGAAUUGGAUUUGUCUGGGGACAUAUCCAAAUUGAAAAAGAAUGUGUUUGUCAUCAAGGAGGGCAUUCAAUAUAAGAUUCGGAUCGAUUUCAUCGUUCAGCGAGAGAUUGUCCAUGGACUGAAAUAUGUUCAGAAAACCUACCGAAUGGCUGUGCCUGUGGAUAAAAUGACGCAGAUGGUCGGUUCUUACCCACCGAAAAAGGAAAUGCAAAGUUACACCACCCCGUUCGAGGAGGCUCCCUCCGGGAUGAUGGCUCGGGGCACCUAUUCUGUCACUUCUCUGUUCACCGACGAUGACAAAAACGAGCACCUUAAGUGGGACUGGAGUUUCGAGAUUAAAAAAGACUGGCAGUAAAGAAUUUAUUCCGGGUAAAAGCACGGUGUAUAAAACCUAUUCACCUAUCAACAAGUUUAUAUUAUAUACAAAAUUAAUACUAAAAUGUAAAUGAAUAAUAACAUGCAGUCGAGAUUGAAAGGAAACUGAAACCGGUUACUAUCAGAGGAGCACAUAGUGUCGGUACAUGUUAAGGAUCCAUUGAAAAGAAAAAAAAAACAAAUGUCUGUGGCCAAUAUUAGAAUGAGCGUCUUCGUGAAGAAAAUUUCAUUGCUUUAAACUAUAGCUACGUAUAAUAUUUCCGUUUUAAAGUGCAGUAAGCCCAUUAAAAUAAGCAUAUGAAAGUGAAUAAAAGUGCAACCUUAACCGGCAAGUGAUUGUUUAGUAAGCAAAUCGUGGAGAAAAAACGUGGCUGUUCGAAAAUUCGUCUUCGUAUUGCAAUAAUUUGUUCACUAGGAAUGGUUUUGCGAUGGUUCGACACGGUAUUAAAAUAAUGGUAUUAUUAUAAUUGCCCUUUAGAGCGGUGUUCGCUUGAACAUUGCCAGUUAAAUAAAGUCUGAGCGUGUUUAGAAGAUGGCUCUAGAAGAUGGUGUACGCUGCUUAUUCGCAAUGUGUCAGGCAGAAAUAAUAAAGGAAUGCUUAUGUAAUAACACGCAUAGGAAUGAUCGUUUGGACAUCAAAGCAUCUGCUUCAAAAAGCAAUAAGUCCCUUAUAUAUAAAUAUUAGGUAAUAAAACGAAAAAGUAUAUCCAAAAGUGCUACCUUUUAUGAACAAUUAGAAUAUAAACCUAAGCAAACAAUAUAAGACUCUGGCAGGCAUGUUGAUGUGUGCUUAUAUCCAAACCGAUAACUUAGACCAUUGCUUGCAUACAAUAUGCACGUGAUCCAAACAAUGUAUUUAAUGCGAUUAGCGUCUGCGUUUUUAUUUGAUCCUAGAUAGUUACGAUCUUCCAAAAUAAUACAAUUUUUUCUAUUGCAAUUUAAUUCUUAUAUUGAACAGCAGCAUCCAGAUGCAUUCAUAUCUUUGUAUUGAUAUAUUUUAAAAGAAAAAAGUCAACGUUGAUUCCGUGGUCAUAUUAUUAAUCGCAUAUAAUUACAUUUUUGUAUUGUGCAGCUUGCUUGAUGAACCAAACAAAAAACUUUACUUACGCGAUUUUAAUAGGCAAAAGAGACAACAUACAUACAGUAACUUACCGAGAGUGGUCAAAUUGUGCAUUUACUUCGCAGGUCAGCAUUAUUUUGCUUUAGUAUUUUAAAUAUUUUACUGUAUUUCCUGACUUUGGCCGCCAUUAACCUACCUACUGAAGACUAGUUUAUAAGCAGUGCUGAAAGCCAUAUAUAAGAGAAAAAAAAAACAAACAGUAACACACGCCAGAAAAAAUGCUCCAAACAGUACUAUUUACACAAUCGAGAAACAAAGUUCAACUAAAACAACAACAACAACAGCAACAGCAGCCUGUGAGAACCGGGUAGAAUCAACCAGUCAGUAGAGAAUCAGAUAUACGUUAUGGCAUGAAGCGAAAACUAUUAAAGUCAGUUUUGUGCUCAACUUGUUCAA